CUGCAUUAGAAGAGCUACCAAUUGUCCUUUUUAUCUAGUCAGUAAGGAAUAAGAAGCAAUCAAUAAGUUAUCAAGUGACAAAGUUCAUUAACUUUAUUGUUAUUUUGUCUACCACUAUGUGAUUGCUUUUGUAAACAAAGCAAAUGUAUGGAGUUAUCUAUAAUCGGAGUACACAUACCAGAAACCCAGAAAUUAGGCUUGAUAUUUUUUACAAGCUGUCUCUUAGGUGAAAAUUUCCGAAUAUAUUUCAAUAUAGUAGUUUUCGGUAAAAUUCGCAAAAAAAAAUUUAAAUUCUGACAGAUGAAAGUAUUCCCAUCUUCUGCAUUUUUAUUUUUUAAGUAAGAAGUAUUAAUAAUAUUUUUGUAGUUGAUUAGCAGAUCUUAAUGUUCACAUAUUUUUGUAGUUAAUCCGAAAAACCAUUCAAUUGACAAAAGAUUGGAUAAACUGCGAGUCUUAAUGGAAGAGUAUGGUCCGCUUUAGAAUAUCUAUAUGAACAUACAUACAUACGUCGGAUUGUAAUGGAAAUAGUUAAAAAAAUAUCCCAUUAAUUUUUACAUUUUACAGUAAAAUGUCGUAAAGUAUGCAAUACAAAAUUAUUUAAUAAACUCGAAAUCAAUGAUAUGAUCUCUAAAAUAAGACUUUUAUUGAAAAUAUUUUAAAAUUUCGGGUGAUGUAUUUCUUAAAUGAAUAAUUUAGAUUCAGCAUAAAAGAAACAUUGCUUACUAAAUCCAUUUUUUAAUGUAAAAUUUUGACAAUUAUCAUCCUAAACAUAUCGAUAAAAAAGUAUCAGUCAUUGCAAUGUUUCGAUAAAUUUCCAAAAAUUCUUUCAACAGCAGACAUUAAACAAAAUAAUAACACGUGCAUUAACAUCUAUUGUUUUUCUUAAAAUUUAAGCAUAUUAAAUUUAAAUAAUGUCUUCUUCUGAAAGUGAAGAUUCCAAGAGAGAGAUGCAAACAGAUGACGAGGAGCAGGAGGAACCAGAUUUAGAUGCUAGCGAUACCGAAUCUGAUGAAGACGAUGAGAUGGAUAAUGAAUCCCCCAAGAAACUAUCGCUUGAGGAAAAGGUUGCAGAAGAUAUCACAAAAAAAUAUGCUGAACGUCAGGGCAAACAAUUGUAUAUAAGAUUCCCAUAUAAACUGCCCGAAGAUGAUGAUGAGUUCCAGAAAGUGGCCAAAGCUUUAUCUCCAUUAAUAGUGAAAGCACAUAAGCCACGACAAAAGCAUGCACGUUUUUGCUUGGUUGAUUUCGAUUCACGUGAAGAUCGCGAUACCGCCUUAAAAGCUAUAAAAACAGCAACAAAAACGGGCGGCACAAAAGUAGUUGUCUCAAUACCACGCACCGAGAGCGAUGAAUUUGUGCAAGAAUUAGUACAACGUAAAGUGAAUACGUUGGAAAAGAAAAAGGCUAAAGCGCGUUUGAGACGUGCUAGCAAAUUAGCAUUGCGUUCGAAGAAUUUCACAUCCUCCAUUGUUAUAACAAACUUACCACAAAGCGCCUCAGCGGGAGAAGUACGUAGAUUAUUCCCAAGUGCUGUCGAUGUACAUAUAAAACCACGCAAAGGCAAACUGAUCGCUUCCAGUAUAGCGACGAUCACGUUACCCUCAACAAUGGAGGCGCGAGCAGCUAUGAAAAAGAAACAAUCAUUAGGUGGAACAGAGCUCAUUGUACGUUUCGAUACACAUCAAGCGAAAAAGAGCGGUGGUAAAGCGAAAAAAAAUAACAAAAAGAAGUCUUCAAAUUCUGAGUCUACAACGGAUGGAAUGAAAGUAUAUAAUUAAAUAUAAUUGUAUUUGUAAUUACAA